AUGUUCCGAGCGGCUGCGGCCGGCCCCUACGAUGAGGCUAUCAACAAAGCCACCGAUGAGAACCUCACAUCGGAGGAUUGGGGCGCCAUCAUUGACAUCUGUGACCGGGUAUCCGCCGACCCUAACGGGCCGAAGGAGUCUGUCCAGAGCCUGAUCAAGCGCUUGGCCCAUCGCAACGCCAAUGUCCAGCUGUACACCCUUGAGGUCGCCAAUGCCCUUUCUUUAAACUGCGGCAAGAACCUGCACCGCGAGCUGUCUAGCCGCGCUUUCACCGACGCCCUGCUCAAACUAGCCAACGACCGCAACACCCACAACCAGGUCAAGGUCAAGAUCCUGGAGCGCAUGAAGGAAUGGUCCGACAUGUUUAAGUCCGAUCCGGAUCUGGGUAUUAUGCAGGAUGCCUACUACCGCCUGAAGCAGAGCAACCCCAACCUCGAGCCACCCGCCGCCCCGCAGAAGAACCAGCUUACCGAAGCCGACCGCUUGAAAGAAGAGGAGGAACUGCAGUUGGCACUGAAACUAAGCCUUCAAGAGGAGGAGCGCAAGAAGCAGAAGCAGCAGCAACCGCAAGCGUCAAGCUCAUCGGCAGCAGCUGGGUCUUCUUCCUCUGCGGCGCAGCAGCAACGACAGCAGCAGUCAACGUCCGGCCAGCCGGUUCCCUCGGGCACUACAGCAGCAACAGUCUCGCGUGUUCGGGCUCUCUACGACUUUGUUCCCUCUGAGCCGGGUGAGCUGGAGUUCAAGAAAGGCGAUGUCAUCUGCGUGCUGGAGGCCGUCUACAAGGACUGGUGGCGUGGCUCGCUGCGCGGAAAGACCGGUAUCUUCCCGCUGAACUACGUUGAGAAGCUGGCGGAUCCGACGCCCGAGGAGCUGGCGCGCGAGGCGCAGAUGGAGGCUGAGGUGUUUGCCGAAAUCAAGAACGUCGAGAAGUUACUGGCGCUUCUUAGCUCGGGGAACACGCUGAGGGAAGAGGAUAAUGAAGAGAUUUCGAGGCUCUAUCAUCAAACGCUGGCGAUCCGUCCGAAGCUCAUCAAGCUCAUCGAAAAGUACACACAAAAGAAGGAGGACUUUACCCAGCUUAACGAAAAGUUCAUCAAGGCCAGGAGAGACUACGAGGCUCUGCUGGAGCAGUCCAUGUCCCACUCGUACCAGCAAUAUCCAGCGCGGCCUCAAGGGUAUCCUCCUGCUGGGCCUGGUUACAGCGUGCCUACCCAAGAGCCCCAGCGUUAUUACACACCUGCUCCUACUCAAGAACCACAGUACCCCCCAUCCUCUCCUCCUCCCAACUUCCAGCGUACCCCUGGCGCAGCUCCUGCCCCCUUCUACGUAGCUGGCGCCGAAGUUCCCUCUCAACCAACUCAACCUCCAGUUCAACACCUACCCCCUCAACCCACGCCCCAGCCGUACCCUCCUCAGCAAUAUCCUCAGCAUCCUCAAGAGCGAUUGCCCUCAGGUAGCGCUCCAUCAGCACCUAUUCCGACCUCAACUACAUCGCCCCCCCCGGCUCCGCACGCCCCUUACCAGUCUCCUCGUCCUCAAAACACCUCCUAUCCCCCGGGUCCCCAGGAACUCUCGACCUCAGUCUAUGACUCCCCACAGCCGACACACCGCCCAACCUUCCCUCCCGCAACUUACUCCUCCCCUCCCCUGGAUAGCGAAGACCCCAACAAAGUCGCCGCAUCCAACAUCCCCCCUGCCCCCGCAAUCCCUGCCCCACAGCCUCCAGUACCAGGUAGCCCCUCGCAGCAGCGGCAUCACUCGGGCUCAGGCCCCUCGGUCGCGCCGUUCGGCUCGGCGUAUGCCUCGUUCCAUAGUUCCGCUCCCCAGCAGCAAUACGGACAGGGUCAGCAGCAGGGUCAGCAGAGCUCCCAAGCCGGAGGAGCGCCGUCGGCACCGGGCGCGCCAGUCGAUGCUAGGGCGACCUUGCCUAGCCGGGCACAGCCGCAGCAGUAUAAGCCUUAUGUGCCCCCUGGGUCGGCGGGCAGCGGUCCCAGCGCGGGGCAGAGCACGGCGACUCCGGGUGGUCCAGAUGGGAUGGGCGCUGGGGCUGGGACAGGGACGGAGAGUUAUUACCGGGCUGGGACGUAUUAG